AUGAAAUUACCAUCAUUGCUUAAAUGGAGUGGCAUUAGGUACUCAAAGGUACCUCCUUACGAUGCGGAUCUACGUUUUAAUGUUGGGGAAUAUUUGAGCCUGACAUUGUGCAAGCCCGUCCCGUCCUCGUUUCUCGGCCGUAGUGCUGACUGUUUCAACAAGUCAAUUCAUCUCUUGUUAGAGGUAGGUCUCUCACACCGUGGCUCCUGGGUGGUGGGUCACAAGUCCUGGAAGGUGUGCCUAGCCGUAGUCCGCGCCACUUUAUGCCGUCGAGUGAUAAGCGACGUCACACCCACCUUGAAGGCAUUUCGGGCUCGUUUGUGUGCCUAG